AUGAAUGGCAAGCAGAGCGACGUCAGAUCUACACCCCUUCUCCUACGAAUACCUGGGGAGUUGCGCAACCACGUUUACAACUAUGUUCUGGAUGAUUUCCUCGACAGCGACGGACAUCGUCGUUUCGGAGGACUGCUUCGUCGAAAAUACGGCCCCUGGAAUGCCAAUGGAGUUUUUCUCGACCCGAACCGCCACGAAGCGCGACGACGAAAGGUUAGCCUCCUUCAAGUGUGCCGUGUACUUCGCCAGGAAUUUCGAUCAUUAUUGCUAAAGGCUCCAUUGGACAUAACUAUCGAUAUAGCCGCUACAUAUAUCGAUGCCUUUUACCCUCUACCGACGACUCUUCCUGCAGAGACCGAGUUUCCACCAUGCAGGAUCUUGUUGAAGCAGAGUCCUAAACCUGGACGUGUCUUCAUCACAGAACUGCUCAAACGCUUGUACGACCGUCCUCAGCUUGAAUUUGCAUUUGAGGAGGCGUGGCCGCAGGGUGGCCUAGGUCGAGAACUGAAUUUUCUCUUCGCGGACAAGGACCGGGCGCUCCUGUGGAAAUCUGCGCUCCAAUCCACCGUUAAAAAGAUUGUGUACUCAGAAGCCCACUCAGAAGCUACUUUGCAAAAUGGCCAAUCAGAAGAGCCAUACAGGAUCUACGGAAUAAAGGCAGACCUGCAUAUUUUUGUCGAGACUUACGGUAUGAGGCCUGCUCAUCUGAUCGAACCCUCUAGGUCUUCUGUGCCUAUACUAUUACACAAAUACCUGGCCGAGUUAGGUCUAGUGAGGCAGAAACAAGGCCCUAUCAGCUUGAGUUCUUCCAGCAGAUCUUGCUUUUCUCGUGAUGGGCAGCUCCGCCGGGAACUUGGCUUCGGAUUGAAGAAGUCGACUUAG